UUCAGAGGGCGCGUGAGGGGGGCCGAUGGCGGAGGGAGCGGCGGAGGAGGCCCCAGCAGACGGGGAGGGCAGUUCCGCAGCCAGCGCGCCAGAACGGGGAGUGGCGCCUAUUAAACCUCAGUACCUCACCACCAAGGAGCAGUUCCAUGAGUUCCUGGAAGCCAGGGGACAGGAGAAGGCCACCCAGAAAUCUCAGGCAGCCGAACCAAAUGGCCCAGACCUGGCUGAGCCAGAGGCCAAACGGGCCCGGCUGGAGGAUGGACGGAUGGAGGAGGCCACUCAGCCCCAGGAGAAGCCCCAGGCUCAGAAACGGGCCCGAGGCCAGAAUAAGGGCCGGCCCCACCUGAAGCCCAGCCACUAUGACGGGAACCGCCUCUGCCCCUCCGUGGUCCAGGGCUCUGCAGCCAAGUGUUUCUAUGGCGACCGUUGCCGCUUCCUGCACGACCUGAGCAGCUACCUGGAGAACAAGCCGGCAGACCUAGGCCCCUGCUGCGUGCUCUUCGAUACCUUUGGCAGGUGUCCCUACGGGGUGACCUGCCGCUUUGCAGGAGCCCACCUGGGUCCUGAGGGCCAGAACCUGGUGCGAGAGGAGCUAGUGGCCCGAGGGGCCCAACCUGCACCCGUCCGCAAUGGCCUAGCCAAGGGCCUGCAGCAGCAGCUACGCAAACGCCAAGUCCGCUUCGAGCAGGCCGAGCAGGUCCUGCACCAGUUAAACCAAGCUCCUGGCCCCGCCCCCGGGGCCGCCGAGACCCAGGGUGUGCCCGGGACGGGCGCUGUCGACGUCCAGCAGGCCCUGCCCGAGCCGGACACCACUGCCCUCCCCAGCAGCCCUGUGCAGACCUGCGGGGCCCUGACAGACGAAGACGUCAUCAGGCUGCGGUCCCGGGAGAAGAAGCGACUAGACAUCAGUGGCAAGUUGUACCUGGCACCCCUCACCACGUGCGGAAACCUGCCCUUCCGGCGGGUCUGCAAACGCUUCGGGGCGGACGUGACGUGUGGGGAGAUGGCCAUCUGUACCAGUCUGCUGCAGGGCCAGACGUCCGAGUGGGCCCUGCUCAAGCGCCACCACAGCGAGGACCUCUUCGGGGUGCAGUUGGCGGGGGCCUUCCCGGACACCAUGACGCGCUGCGCCGAGCUGCUGAACCGCACAAUCGAGGUGGACUUUGUGGACGUCAACGUGGGCUGCCCCAUCGACCUGGUGUACAAGAAGGGCGGCGGGUGUGCCCUUAUGAACCGUUCCAGUAAGUUCCGGCAGAUCGUCCGCGGGAUGAGCCAGGUGCUGGAUGUGCCGCUGACGGUGAAGAUCCGCUCGGGUGUCCAGGAGCAGGCCAACCUGGCCCACCGCCUGCUGCCGGAGCUGCAUCACUGGGGUGCGGCGCUGGCCACGCUCCAUGGCCGCUCCCGGGAGCAACGCUACACCAAGCUGGCCGACUGGCAGUACAUUGAGCAGUGUGUCCAGGCCGCCAGCCCCAUGCCCCUGUUCGGAAAUGGGGACAUCUUGUCGUACGAGGACGCCAACCGCGCCAUGAAGACGGGCGUUGCUGGCAUCAUGAUUGCUCGGGGGGCCCUGCUGAAGCCGUGGCUGUUCACGGAGAUCAAGGAGCAACGGCACUGGGACAUCUCGUCGUCCGAGCGCCUGGACAUCCUGCGGGACUUUACGCACCACGGCCUGGAGCACUGGGGCUCGGACACACAGGGCGUGGAGAAGACCCGCCGCUUCCUGCUGGAGUGGCUGUCCUUCCUGUGCAGGUACGUGCCCGUGGGCCUGCUAGAGCGCCUGCCCCAGCACAUCAAUGAGCGCCCUCCCUACUACCUGGGCCGGGACUACCUGGAGACGCUCAUGGCCAGCCAGAACUCGGCUGACUGGGUCCGCAUCAGUGAGAUGCUGCUGGGACCUGUGCCGGCCAACUUCGUCUUCCUGCCCAAGCACAAGGCCAACUCAUACAAGUAGCCGCCGUGCCAUGCCGGAGAGGUCCCCCGAUGGCCAGGAGCUGACAAUAAAGUUUAUUCUUUUAA